GUCUAGUGUCUGUACAACCCGGAAGAAUCGUGGGAGCAUCGACGAUCUCGUAGGAUGAAACUGUUACUCCUUGAAACCCGCUUUGCAUGAUAAUGCUGAACUUCUCAAUCCAUGCCAAGGGAGUUACGAUUCAGCGCUAUGUUGAGUAAAAGAUGAACUGUCCAGAAGAAUGCAACGGAAUCUACGGGGUGUCAUCUAGGUCAAUCUAGUCGCAAUCGUAUAGGGAGAUAAAAGCCCUGAGCAGACCACACAUCACGCAUUCCUUAUUUUCCCUGCACAACGGCUAGCAAGCUAGUCCGCCUUAGGCCCUAUAUCUUAUUUCUUUCUCCCUUCACUCAUUUCCUUGCUGCGUUUUUUGCACCAUGCGUGUCGUAUCCGUCGUCCACGUCCUCUCUGCCAUUGUGCUGGCGACUAUCGCCGCCCCCGUCGAUCCUGCCCGGCCCGCGGCACCCGUUCAAUCGCAGGUGGCAGCAGCCUCUAAUGAUCUGUUCUCCACACUGAGCCUUUCUGCAAGCCCUGCGGCGACUCAUGCGCCCAUCGUUGCGGAGGCAGCUCCCGCUGCGCCGGAUCCUGGCUGUAUAGUUGUAUAGUCGUACCCUGCAAAGAAUCAAUUUUUUUUCACUUCGAUCAGCCAUGUUUUACACUCAGAUGACGGAUGGAAUGAAAAGUGUAUUGGGGGUACGAAGCGG